CACAGAGCACUUGGUUCCCAGCUUGCCUAGGUUGAAGUUGACAGAGCGAGCGAAAGUAGAGGAGAGACUCGCAGCCUCGCACCAGCCAGCUAGCUUCGCCCGCCAUGGCCUUCCGCGACGCGGCCCGCAAGCCGCUCCUGUGGCUCCUCCCGGCCACGCUCAUCCUGGCGACCGGCGGCGGCGAGCGCGACGCCGCCCGGCGGCGGCUCUACGCCCCCACCCUGCUGGCCGCGUGGCUGGUCCUCGGCGUCGUCACGGCGGUGCUGGCCGCCAACGGAGGGAGGAUCAUGCGCUUCGCCCGCUGGAAGAGGCUGCUGCUCCGCGGGGGGCUGCUGCUCGCCCUCGGCCUCAACGCCUUCUGCAUCUUCCUCGCCCUCGACGCCGUCGCCGACCGGCUCCUGGGCGAGCAGGGCCCCGUCUCCUUCGCCGUGGCUCGCGUCGUGUGCGCCCUCACCGCCGCCGCCGCGCACCUCGACUUUGGAUGGGUCGCCGUCCACGGGGAGUAGAGCAGCGAGUCGUUACUUGUUAGCCGACCGGCCGGCGGAGACUGAUUAGUAGUAUGUGGUCGAGUGACUUAUUUUUGAUGCGUAUUGUUCUAGUAGCAGGCAUUGUGCGCAAAUUGUUAGGCUGUGUCUUCAAAGUUGAUGUCCGGCCUUCUGCCGGACACAGAUCAACAUGCAUGUAGUGUGAGAAGUGAGUAUUUAUGUGUUUAAGCUAGUAUUUUUACACUGUGUUUAAGUUAAGCUAAGGAUUUGGUUAACCGCCGGUUGGUGGCCUGAUAA